GGGAGGCAACAGAUUCUUGCAGAAUGCAUGUUCCGCGCCUGUUAUGAGCGCAGUACUCCUCCAAACCAUCCGUCGUCAAUGGCGGGUGCGCACUGCGCCACCACUGCCGUCUUCCCCCUCUCCCAACCUCCGAAAACAACCCUUAUUACAGUUUCCUUCAUCUCCUCUCCGACGCCGCCGAAGAGGAAAAACUAUCUCCGCCAGAAGCUUCUCAAAACUCUCACAAAACCAUACCCCAACGAUGCCAUCCCCGAAUCGCCCCCCCCAACAAACCCUAUAAUCCCCGCCGUGUCCCCACGCGAACACAACGAAGGAGAGGCGCGGCAGGGGUUUGAAGUUUCCCGACCCUCGGAAACUGCCGGAGUUCUCAAUGGUGGAUUUGGAUUUGGAUAUCCCUCGACGAGGUCAGUUUUCAAAUUGGGGUUGUUUUUGGUCGGCGCUUUUGCAUUUCAGACAGUUUGCGCUGUUAUGGUAUUUGGGUCGGCUGAUUCUGACCGCAAAGAUGGAAACUUGGGUACUGGGCAUAGAACUAGGGUUUUAGAGUUGGGCGUAAAUGGUGAUAGCAAGGGGAAAUCAAGUGCUUUGCUGGAUGGAAAUGGCGAUUUGUUUAGCGGGAAAUUGGAAGAGAAAAUUUAUGAAAUUCAGGCAAUGGCAAGGGAAGCAAGAGAACGAGACCGAUUGGAUUCGAAGUCCAGUGGUUUAGAAGAUGAUGAUGAUUUUGUUAAAACUGGCAUUGAGAAGGAGGUGGAACGCAAAUUGGUUAAGCUGAGGAAGAGGUUGCAGAAUAGCCGAGAGAAGUUGCCGGUUUUUCCGGUUAGUCAUUUAGGAAACGAGGAUGAGUUUGAAGAUGGGGUUGGUGUAGAUAGUUUGGAUGAGAAUAAGCCGCUGAUGUUUAGAAAGAAGUAUAAAUUUAGAAGUCCAUCAACCAAUCCGAGUAUUAAACCCAAGGGCUUUCAGGGUUCACAAAAUCAGACGAUUACUAGGAGUAAAAAUAGUAGUUCAGCCGUUGAAGAUGAACUAAUGAGGAAGGGAAGUGCUGAUAAUGAUAAUGUUGAUUUGCUAGGGGAAGGAUGGCUGCCAGAGCAGGAAAAUAACAAUUUGUCUGAUGAUGUUUCUGUGCCCUUGCUCCUAGAGGAAGACAUUGGAAGAAAUCUAUCAAAAGGAAAGUCCAAAUCUGCUCAAACUUCAAGCAAUAAGUUGGGGACAGAAAGGGUUGCAAAACCCAAAGAACGUGGGAUUGGUGCCACACGCCAAGCUGGUGACAAAGGGUCACGUAACUCUUGGAGCCAGAAGUCAAGAAAAUCAAGCCCGAUAGGAUCACGUAACUCUUGGAGCCAGACAAAGAAAGUCCAGGCAGCUACCAUAAUAUCUAAUGAACGUGAUUCAUUCAUGAGGAAUGACACUUUAAAGAGCAGAGAAGGCAGAAGCAAAGGAGCAACCAGGAAAGUUGAGGGUAAACAAUCAGAUGACAAGGCUCAUAAAUGGUGGCUGAGUCUGCCUUAUGUUUUUGCUAUUCUUAUGCACACAGAUCACGAUGGUGAAGGACCAAAGGGACUUUUUACUGUAAAGACCAAUUCUUACACAAUGGACAAGGAUGGCUUAUCAUAUACUGUUACUUUUGAAGAUCGUGGUGAUGCCACUAACUUCUGCUAUCUCUUGCAAUCCUUUUUUGAAGAUCUCCACGAUUUUAGUGCUGAAAUUGUUCCUUUAUCAAUACAAGAACUUGACGAGGCAGUGAGAUCGUGUACCAUGAAGGUAAUCGUGGUGAAGAAAGGGCAACUAAAGCUUUAUGCAGGGCAACCACUUGCUGAGGUUGAAUUGGCCUUGUGGUCUUUAGUUGAACGAAGUUGAACUGCCUCUACAUGGAAUGAAAAAUGACUGGGGUUAAGACAAUGAUCAAGCAACUUGUUUCCAGGAGUAAAAGGAGACCAUCAUUUUCCUUCAGCGUAUGUAUAUGCUGCAUCCCUUGACAAAGUUAACCAACAUGCAGAUAUGGGCACAGUUUUGUCUGUUGCAUUUGGCAUCUAGUUAUAAGAUCCAUUGUUGGGUAUACAUUUUUAGCCAUUGUUCGACUACAUGAUAGACCAAUUCUGUAAGCUUGAUAGAUCAAUUCUGUAAGAGAGGGGUUUUAUCAAAAAAAAGACAAUUGCUGCA